AUGAAGCAAAACCUUGUUUCCAUUGUGAGUGGAGCAACCAGAGGAAUAGGGUCCAAGAUCCGAGAUGAGCUGUUACUAAGCGGAUAUUCGGUUAUAUAUAUUGGUAGUAACGACGACUCCGUUGUCAAAAACCAACCACGCAUCAAAUUGAACCAUGGUCAAUUUGCUAAAGGUAUAUCGAUCAAUUUUAAGGGCUGGCCAACAUGGGUUGAUACCACUUGGAGCCAGUUCAUUUGUCGAAAUGGCAAGAUAGAGACUAAAAUCGAAUCGAACGAUCUAAUGGCUGGCUUUGAUAAGAAACAGUACCGACUUGAUCUCUUGGUAAAUUGUGCCGGAAUUACGCAAACUACAGCCGCUAUCAAGGCUAAUACCAACGAGAUGGCUGACAUUAUGAAUGUCAACUUCAUGAGUUCGGUGAGUCUUACACAAUUGGCAUUGAAACAGAUGAUACGAAAUACUAAGCUACACGGGCACCGAGGAAAGAUCGUUAAUAUAGCAUCAGUACUGGGAGAUUCAAGCAGUAACAUAAUAGUACCGGGUACGGCCAUGUACAGUGCAUCCAAGGCUGCAAUGAUCCAAUAUAACCGCGUCCUAUCGGAAGAAUUGAAACGAUUGAGCAUUGACGUCCAGACCAUAUCACCGGGGCUUGUCGAAAGUACAGAUAUGAUCAAGACAUUAGACCCAGAAAUACAACAGAAACUGCGAGAAAAGUUACCGAACGGUGAAUUGACGUCUGUAAACGGGAUAAUAGCUGCGAUGGGGCUUAAAAACCUAGCAUAA